AGCAGAAAAACACCGCCCACUGCCUCGGUAACAAUCCACUGUCAGCAGAGAGAUUUUCCAAGAAAUUGCGAAAGAAUCAUAUCUCCACGGACUGUGUAUGCAUAACGUAUUUACUUGUUCUUCUGCGAGUGCAUUUCAGAUACUUUUUUCGAUUUUGUUUCACGUUGAUCGUGUAUGAAGCGCAUAAUCAGAUUAUCAAACGGUGCAGUUUUUGUUUUAUCGAGGAAUACAGAGAUUGACUUUCAGAGGAUUUUAAAGAUAUAAAUAUGACCACAUCAUGGAGCGACAGACUGCAGAACUAUGCAGACCUUCCAGCCAACAUGGACGGCCUGGCCAUGAAGAAGUACCGCAGAGAGGCUUACCAUAGAGUUUUUGUAAACAGAAGCUUGGCCAUGGAGAAGAUUAAAUGCUUUGGCUUCGAUAUGGAUUACACUCUAGCCGUGUACAAGUCUCCAGAGUAUGAGUCCCUGGGCUUUGAGCUGACCGUGGAGCGCCUGGUCCACAUCGGUUACCCCCAGGAGCUGCUCAGCUUCGUCUACGACCCCGCCUUCCCCACCAGAGGUCUGGUGUUUGACACCAUGUACGGGAACCUGUUGAAGGUGGACGCCUACGGCAACAUCCUGGUCUGUGUCCACGGCUUCAAUUUCCUACGAGGACCUGAAAUACGGGAGCUAUACCCGAACAAGUUCAUCCAACGUGACGACACUGAACGUUUCUAUAUCCUCAACACUCUCUUCAACUUGCCAGAGACCUACCUCUUUGCCUGCCUCGUGGACUUCUUCUCAAACUGUGACCGAUAUGCAAGCUGUGAGACUGGCUUUAAAGAUGGCGACCUCUUCAUGUCCUUCAAGAGCAUGUUCCAGGACAUCCGCGACGCCGUCGACUGGGUCCACUUCAAGGGCACCCUGAAGGAAAAGACAGUAGAGAACCUUGAAAAGUACGUAGUGCGAGACGCAAAGCUGCCUCUCCUGCUGAGUAGAUUGAAUGAAGUAGCCAAGGUGUUCCUGGCCACCAACAGUGACUACAAAUACACACACAAGAUCAUGACAUACCUGUUUGACUUCCCCCACGGCCCGAAGCACGGGACGGCCCACCGGCCGUGGCAGUCCUACUUUGACCUGAUUCUGGUGGACGCCAGGAAGCCUCUGUUCUUUGGAGAGGGAACGGUGCUCAGACAAGUCGACACAACAACAGGGCGGCUGAAGAUCGGGACCUACACCGGACCCCUGCACCAUGGCAUCGUCUACUCUGGAGGUUCUUCUGACAUCGUGUGUGACCUGCUGGGGGCCAAGGGGAAGGACAUCGUCUACAUCGGAGACCACAUCUUCGGGGACAUCCUCAAGUCCAAGAAACGCCAGGGCUGGAGGACCUUCCUCGUCAUCCCCGAGCUGGCCCAGGAGUUGCAUGUCUGGACUGACAAGAGCUCGUUAUUCGAGGAAUUGCAGGGCCUGGACAUUUUCUUGGCGGAGCUCUACAAGCAUCUGGACAGCAGUAGUAAUGAGAGACCUGACAUCAGUGCUCUCCAGAGAAGGGUCAAGAAGGUGACCCAUGACAUGGACAUGUGCUAUGGUAUGAUGGGUAGUCUGUUCAGGUCUGGCUCCAGACAGACUCUGUUUGCCUCUCAGGUGAUGCGCUAUGCUGACCUGUACGCUGCUUCCUUCAUCAACCUCCUGUACUAUCCCUUCAGCUACCUCUUCAGAGCUGCUCACGUACUGAUGCCCCACGAGUCAACGGUGGAGCACGCGCACAUCGACACGGACACCGAGUCCCCCCUGGCCACGCGCAACCGCCACUGCACUGACAGCAAGGACCCGGAGUGCUGUAGCAACAGGAACCACAGCCAGCUGACCCGGUCCAUCAGUGAGAUCAAACCCCCCAACAUGUUCCCCCAGACCCCACAGGAGAUCACCCACUGCCACGACGAAGAUGACGAUGAGGAGGAGGAAGAGUAGAUGGAGGAGGUGUGAUGGCGUGACCCGAACCAGGCUUGAUUCCUUCCUAGGAAGAGGAAGAGAGAGAGAGGAGUGAAAAAACGUCUUGAUUCCUUCCUGAUGUUUCCCUGAGGGGGUUUUAGAGUAUAAAUACUUCUAGGAAGAUAUAAAUGAUAAUGUACUCUAUAGUCCACAGUAAGAGUCCAUGUAGGAUACAUUGGAAUGAGGGGGGAGGGGAUAUGGCCAUUGUAGUGUAUCUAUAGGAGAUUUAUAUAUAGAGAGAAAUUAAGCUACUUUUUAUACUAGAGAUGUAUCAGGAUAUUAAGGUUUUAUUAAUCAGAUCAGUCAGCUGUAUGUUACUAUAGUAACAGUUGCUGCUCGGUGCCCACCCCUUUUCAAGUUUUACGUUUUCAAUGUUUGUUUUUUCUAUGGAUUUUUAUGAUGAAAUGGGAAAAGGUUGACUUGAAGUUGGCCCAUUUUUUAAUUUAUUUUAAUUUUAAGUUUUAAGUUGAUGAAGCUUAAGCAGUUUUUACGGCAUAGGAUGUUGUAGCAGACAAAUAUACACGAAUACACACAAGAAGCAAAUAUUACGAACACUACUUUUCUCUGUACUGACCGUACACAGUGUCUGGUCAUAGAGAAUAAUUCCCUGUGUGUGUUUACAUAGUGCACAUUAAUGCAGGCACCAUACGGUAGUUUCAAUGUGAAGCACUAAGACGGAAUAGCCUUUGCCAAACAGUAUGUGCAGUACUGUAUAUAAGCUCUAUAUACUGUUUUGCUGUUAUCCUUUUGAAAUGACAGAACGUGUUCUAGCCCUGCUGUACUGGCGUUGAAAGAACACGCGUAUCGGGCAACAUGGCAAUCCAAAAACAUGGUCCAAAAAUGUAUUUCUCGCUGUUUGUUAUUUUGGUAUUUUUUUUGCAGUAUAAUUCCUCCCGUCGUGACCCUGCAUAACACAGCUUGUGUGUCCGGCCUUGGCCAAUCAAAAGUCGAGUUUGCGUCGUCCUGAGCGACUGUAUCCAAGGCAUCCAUAAUUGUACUAAAGAACAGUGCGAUGUAUGUUUUGGGUUACACAAAGCACAAGUCUGAUUGUGGGUAACUAAUUGUCAGUGUUAGCUCUAUAUGACAUGAAACGUGCUGUCUAUUUUAAACUAUGGUGCACAUAAUGUCAUCUGUGAUUCUGUGUGGUUAACUUCAACUGACCUUUUGAAAUGCAUGAAAUGCUGUUUCUAGGCAACCGUGCGUACAGGGUAACGAUUAUGCUGCCUCUUUACAGAUGUGUUCUAUGGCAACUGUGGACGGUCACAUAGGCCUAAUGCUAUUGAGAGGCUGUGACCCAGUAUUACUGUUCUCAUACAUGAUACUGUAAAAAGAAAGACAUUCAUCAUGCAAAAUAAUAUUACAUUUUUUUUUGUUCUCCUGUAGGAUGAUAUGAGAUAUGGAAACCUGCAACAUUGUUACACUAUGUGCAACUAACAUGCAGUAGUAGUUUUACCUUUUUUUACUAAGCUUGGAGUUGUUCGUUAAGUGUUCUCUUGAAUAUUAAAUUGUAACAGUUUUAUUUUAUUGCAUAGAACCGCUUUAGUUAGAACUGUCAUAUUCACCCCUACCGAACUAAACCCUCAUAUUCCAUGUGUGAUACUAUGGUCUGGUGUUUCCUAGUAAUUCUUUGCAGUUAACAUGGAGAGUACAGUGUGUUAUAGGAACAGACCUGGCUUCAAAUACUAUUUAAAAUGUUUCAAAUACUUGAGCCUGCUUGGAGUGCCAGGUGGGCAGAGUUGAACUUUUGUGAACAUUUUUCUGCUUCCAUUGCUCCAGGCAAGCUCAGUCAAGCCCCAAUAAAGUAUCUGAACUGAUUUUGAAUCGUAUUUGAACCCAGGUCUGAUCUACAGUAGGCCUUGAUAUGUAAAAAAUAAAUUCAGGUCAGCCUGGGUGCUGUGGCAUUGUGUAGGCCUUGCACGGGCACCAGACAAGGAACCAACGCCUUGGCGAGAGGGCGUUUGUGUCUGACCGCCCCAGAGAGGUUCGGUUGGGCCUGGGAAAAGGACAAGAGUGUGCCCUCCUGACUGGUGGGAAUAGCUUGUAGACUCCCCCUAGCAGGAAGAUGUAGUAUGAACGAUGUAUAAAGGACUGUAGCUACAGUAUUCUGGAGUUUUGUUGGAUCACUUAGGGGUAAGAAACACUGAAUGAUGCAAAGAAGCACCUGAUAUUUCCCAACAGGGUUGCGUUUGCUGUCUCCAAACAUGAGCAAACCUUUUUAAUUUUAAAAUGGAAAUUGCAAUCGUUGAUUAGGCCCACAAUUCCACUGAAACGUUGAGAUACUUCAAAAAAAUGUGACUGGAAAAUGUUACCGAAUUGCUUAAUAUUAAACUUUCCUGUUUAGCAACGGAAAUUCUUAACAUUUUCAGUUGUGUGUCCUAAUGAACAUGACCCAGAUGGUAUGCAGUACGGAGGGCAGGACAACUGCCCUGGAAGAGGGGCGUUUUGUUUUUGUUCUAGGUUAUCUGCAAUAUCAUAUGUGUAUGCUAUGUAAAACAUGCGUAUCACUUUAUUUCUAAGGCAUGUAGUUGUGUAGCUAGAGGUUUCGAUUGGCCUGUUGAUUUGGGCUGAUGAAGGGAAGACCAAUAGCAGGUCUCUGUUUGUAACCUGGUGUUGUUUGCCGAGGCAAGUAGUAAAAAGGGGAAUGUGGGUUAAACUGGGGAUCUUUGUAACAAUUUUAGUAAGAGUAGAAUCUGUUUUAGAGGAACUAUAUAGUGGUUCAAUAUUUUAUUACUCUCUGGAAAAAAAGUAUAUCUUUUUAAGUAUUGAUUUAACUGGAAAUAGUACAAAAACACCCGGGCAGCUGUAUUCUUCACCUGGUUGGUUAGUUGUUGUUUUUUUGGUCUCAUUACUGACGAAUUCAUAAUAAAGCUUGGUCGUUGGGAGGAAAAUUUGAAGUCCUUUUCUGUCAAAACACUUUACAAGACAUUAUUUCUAUGCAAUGCCGCAGUACAGUGCAUUAUGCAUGUAAACUAAGUUACUAAAAGGCUGGCCAAUGCAAGCAAAUGGCUUACGUCAAAGUGUUAUAACUAUGGCUAGAACCGGGUUAGGGCUACAACUGAUAUGUGGAAGAAAACCUGUCCGUCUGUGAGAAAAAGCUCUGGCCACAAGUUCUACAAGGUCGUCUGUGUAGUAACAAUUGUACACUUAAUAAUAAUAGCCUUGCAGACCGAUAUGCUGAAAACUAGGCGAUGUUGAAGAGCAUGUAUUUACCUUGCAUCAGAAAUGGCAUUUUUUUUCAACAACAACACCUUGGUUUUGCUGUUUGUAUUUGUUUUUUCUAACCAGUGUUUUCAGAUUCUUAGUUUACAACGUUGUAUAUAAUAUUAUAAGCUUUUACAUUUACAUGUUGUGGAAGAAAUGUUCCUUAAAUUCUUUAUACAUCUUUUUUGUUUUUUGGGCAUUUUUCUGGUUUCAGACACCUUUUUUACUAUAACGGCUUCAGUGCGUGUCUGAGCUAGCUAAACCUGGCCGACAGGUUAAUGCCACGAUCCAUUUAUACAAUUUGUCCAUUUUAUACAAAAUUUCAACAAUUGCAGACCGAGCGUGACAACUAUAACGCAUUCACUUAUUUUUUGUUUCGUGCAUUUUCUUGGAUGUUCCUCAGAGCGUUUUGUUUCCAGAAUUAUUAUAUAAUGUGUACAUUGGGGAAAUUACGUUUAUAUGUACAAUAAAAGCUAAUUUUCCAUAAUAAGUCA